AUGGCUUUUACUAAAAAAGACGUAACUCUCUCUGAAGACCGACCAAAAACGUUGCUUCUGCAGAAACAUUCAGAUUACCUGGCCAGUUAUGGUCUUAACAAAGAUGAUUAUGAAUAUUGCAUGACAGAAUAUCUGCGAAUGUCGGGUAUUUAUUGGAGCCUCACGGCUAUGGAGAUAAUGAACGAAUCGUCAAGAAUGCCAAAAGAAGAGAUUAUAGAGUUCAUUUCAUCUUGCCAAGAUAAAGAAAGUGGAGGUAUAUCAGCCAGUAUUGGUCAUGAUCCACAUAUGUUAUACACCUUAAGUGCUAUUCAGGUACUUUCAAUGUAUGAUAGAGUUGACGCAAUUGAUGCUGAAGGUGUAGUGAGAUAUGUGGCCUCUAUGCAGCAAGAGGACGGCAGCUUCUUUGGUGACCAAUGGGGAGAAGUGGACACAAGGUUUUCGUUUUGUGCAGUAAUGUGUCUGUCUCUAUUACAUCGACUAGAUGCAAUCAAUAUAAACAAAGCUGUAGACUUUGUUCUGAGUUGUAUGAAUUUUGAUGGUGGUUUUGGGUCAAAACCAGGAUCAGAAAGCCAUGCAGGUCUCAUUUACUGCUGUGUUGGAACAUUGUCAAUCUGCAAAAGAAUGGAUGCUUUGCAUGCUGAUGAGCUUGCAUGGUGGCUCUGUGAAAGACAGCUGCCAAGUGGUGGACUAAAUGGGAGACCAGAAAAACUACCAGAUCUAUGUUACUCUUGGUGGGUGAUGUCAUCCCUUUCAAUGUUGAAUAGGAUACAUUGGGUCGACAAAAAAAAUCUAGAACAAUUCAUAUUAGCUUGUCAGGAUCCAGAAACUGGAGGUUUCAGUGACAGACCUGGUGACAUCACUGAUCCUUUUCAUACAUUAUUUGGAUUAGCGGUAGGGGUAAAUUUAUUUUUAUGUUUCACACGUGUUUUUUACUACAGUGAUGUAUUCUUCGCAAAUGUAAAUAGAAAUUUACUUCAGGAAUAUGAUUAUAUUAUAGUUGGCGCUGGAACAGCAGGGUCAUUGAUUGCCCAUAGAAUAGCUACCGAGACGAACUUUACGUUCAUGGUUUUCGAGGCUGGGGGUAAAAGCAAUUUUCUCUAUGAAAUACCAAUUAUUGGGCCGUUACUUCAUGGGUCGGUGUAUGAUUGGCAAUACGAGACCACGCCUCAGGAGAAUGCAUGUUUAGCAAUGGUUGACAAAAAAUGCAAACUUACACAAGGAAAGAUUGUGGGUGGAUCUUCAAAACUCAACAACAUGAUACAUGUACGUGGCAACCUUUCUCAUUACACUGAAUGGUUUCAUGGAGUACACAAUGAAGAGUAUUUUCGACAGCAUUUUGAUUUUUUAGAAGAAUAUCUUCUUAAUAUAGAUGAUAUACCAUACCAAAGUGAAAUGACUGACGCUAUAUUAGAUGCUGCCAAAGAAUUAGGGUACCAGAAAUUAGAUAUAGAUUUCAAGAAAGGUUUUAGGAAAAGCAGAGUAACCCAUAAAAAUGGGAAACGAUGGACAACUUCCGACAUGUUGGAUUUAGAUAAACACGUGACAACGAAUGCUCUAGUUGAAAAAGUACUAAUUAUUGAUAACAAAAGCUACGGAGUAAGUGUGCGUAUAUUGGACAAGAAACAUAUUGUUCUGGCAAGGAGAGGCGUAAUUCUAUCUGCUGGAACUUUAAAUACGCCGAAAAUUCUUCAGUUGUCUGGGAUUGGACCUUCAAAAUUACUGAAAUCUUUGAACAUUCCUCCAAUACAAGAUUUACCAGUAGGACUUAAUCUACAAGACCAUGUCGGCUCAGGAUUGGAUUUGAUAUUAUUAAGUAAAGCUUUGUCAGUUUCCGCUGCAAAUAUAAUUAAUCCAUUAAAUUUAUUUCACUAUUUUCAAGGAAAAGGGCCAUGGACGAAUCCAGGUUGCGAAGUAUUAGGAUUUUUAUCGACCAAAAAUUUAACUACGCCUGACAUCGAGAUUAUGUUCCUUCCUGUAGGCAUUGCUUCAGACAGAGGUAGUUUAUUAAGGAAACUUAUAGGUAUAAGUGAUGAAGUAUGGCAUGGAUAUUUUACUAAAACUUUUAAUAACCAUACGGCAACUUUCUUUACAGUUAUUUUACAUCCUAAAAGUAAAGGUAGCGUGUUCAUUAAGAGUACUGACCCUAAAAUACCGCCCUUAGUUAAUCCCAGAUAUUUAAGUGCAAAAGAAGAUGUAGAUACUUUGAUAGCGGGUUUAAAAUUAGCAAUUAAGUUUAUAAAGACUGAUUCCUUAAAGACAAUUGAGGCUUAUUUGAAUACAAACCCCUUUCCAGGGUGUACACAGUUUCCAUUUUUUUCGGAUAGGUAUCUGGAAUGCUACGUCCGGCAUUUGACGUUAACGAGUUACCAUCCCGUAGGAACAUGUUCCAUGGGUUUGCCAGAAUCUAAAAGCUCUGUUGUUGAUACAUCUUUCAGAGUUUUAAACAUUCAAAAUCUGUACGUAGCUGAUGCCUCAGUGCUACCAACAUUACCUAGUGGUAACAUCAACGCAGCUGUCAUCGUAAUGGCUAAUAUAUUUUUUGAAAAAAAUAUAAAAUAUGUAUCCCAUUAUAGUGAUAAAGUUUUUCACUGCCAUAGAUAUGAUCAGAUAUAUCAAUAUUUAUUCAAGGUAUGCAAUUAA